AUGGGUGCAAUACACACGUACAACCCUGCAAAGCACCCCAGCCUCUCCGAGUUCUGCCGCCGCGGCCGGAAAUCGCAGACCAUCGUCUGCAACAUCCAUCGCUGCCUCCUCCGAUCGCCCUCCUUCUUCCCCUACUUCAUGCUCGUCGCCUUCGAGGGCGGCGGCAUUCUCAGAGCUCUGCUACUCUUGCUGUUGUCCCCAUUGCUGCUGAUUCUCGACGAUGAGAUGGAGAUGAGGGUCAUGAUUUUCGUCACAUUUUUCGGGAUGAGGGUGAGGGACAUGGAGAGCGUUUCUAGAAUGGUCUUGCCGAAAUUCUACCUCGAAAACCUCAAUCUCCGCGCCUACGAGGCGUUGGAUUCCGCCGGAACUAAGGCGGUCUUCACCGUUGUGCCUAGAAUUAUGGUGGAGGCCUUUUUGAAAGACUAUCUCGAUGUUGAUUCGGUUGUCGGGACCGAACUCUGCACCGUUGGUGACUUCUUCACCGGUUUGGUAUCUCCCUCCGGUUUGCUUGUCAAGCAUAGGGCUGUCGAGGACUUGUUCGGUGACGAGAGGCCCGAUGUCGGCAUCGGAUCGUCUAGUGUGUGUGAUCAUUUAUUUGUCUCUCUCUGCAAGGAAGCAUAUGUUAUAACAGGAGACGACGACGUGGCAAAAAUGUCAAGAAGCCGUUAUCCGAAACCCCUAAUUUUCCACGACGGCCGGCUGGCGUUCCUGCCAACGCCAGCCGCGACGUUAUGGAUGUUCACAUGGCUCCCCGUAGGGAUCCCCAUUGCCAUCUUGCGUCUCUUCAUCGGCUCUGUUUUCCCCUGCCACCUCAUCAUCCCCCUAUGUGCCGCGACCGGCAUGGACCUCCGUGUCUCCGGGCCCACGCAGCCCGCCAACGGCAACAACAAGGGCAAGGGCAUCCUAUACGUCUGCAACCACCGCAUCGUCUACGACCCAGCCUUCCUUACCGGCGCCCUCCGCAAACCCCUCACUACCGUCACCUACGGCCUGAGCCGGACAUCGGAGAUCAUAUCGCCAAUGAAGAUCGUGCGUGACUGA